GACCAGCAGGCUCCACCUGGCAGCGGACGGGAGACCCCAGCGAGACCACCGCGGCUUUACCCACAUCCCGCAUCCGCACAGCAGCCUUCUUCUUCUUCUCCUUCCCCUUCCUACCAGGCCUCUUCAGUGCAGCUUUAGAUGACUGCUCGGUUGUGAACUGUUGAGUUAUUUAGCAGAGAGGCUAUUUAUCUCUGAUCUCAGGGAAUGUUAACUAGUCGCUAGUUUUAACCACAACUUUUUCCUUGCUUUCUGAGCAUCUCUUCCUGACUAAAAGGGCUUUACUGAAACAACUCUCGGCAACACGCGGUGUGUGUCCGUGCGUUUGGACGGCGACGUGUUGUUUCAUCAGUUAAUCAUCUCGCUAGUUAGCUAGCCAGCUACUUAGCCAGUCCGCUAGCAUCUGUUUACGCUACUUGGUCGGCUCGCUCAGCUAUCGCGGCUCCUAGCUUAGCGCAGCUAGCACACACUCCGCCGCCGCCGCCCGUUGGGACCCGCAGGACGCCAGCUAACAGCUAACAGUUAGCCAGUGUGCUAGUCGCGUUUCAGCAUGCCUGCGAUGUUGGAGAAAAACGGUCCUGAAAUAUCAGGGAAGAGAAGAGGGAGAAAUACGGUGAAUACUUCCAGUAAUAAAAGUUUGUCUUCAAAUGGAAAUAUUAACAACUGGUGGGAGGAAGGAAGUUGUGGAUCCAGCAGUGAUGAGGAGCAUGGUGGCGGGGGGAUGCGAGUUGGACCCCAGUAUCAAGCUGUCGUACCUGAGUACGACCCUGAGGUGGCUAAGGCAGCCCUGGACAGGGACAACCUGGGCAUGCUGGUUUGGAUUCCCAGUGCAACUCUGGCUGAAAACAAAUUGGACGAAUACAUCACCAUCGCCAAAGAAAAACACGGCUACAACAUGGAGCAGGCUCUGGGAAUGCUCUUUUGGCACAAACACAACGUGGAAAAGUCUCUGGCAGAUCUCCCCAACUUCACCCCCUUCCCUGAUGAGUGGACAGUGGAGGACAAGGUUCUGUUUGAACAGGCGUUCAGCUUCCAUGGAAAAACCUUUCAUCGUAUCCAGCAGAUGUUACCAGACAAAUCGAUGGCCAGCCUGGUGCGGUUCUACUAUUCCUGGAAGAAGACGCGCAGUAAAACAAGCCUGAUGGACCGCCAUGCUCGCAAACACAAGAGGGACCGAGAGGAGAGUGAGGAAGAGGUGGAGGACAGUAAUGGACAUUCUCCCAGUGACACGGAAUAUGAAGCAAACACUCAGGACAAGAAGGAGAUGGGAGCAGUAUCAGGGAGGUCGGAGAUCAAACCAGCUGUUGGACAGAAGCCCAGUGCAGCAGAGAAACCAUCCCAUGUGAAGAGGGAGCCUCAGAGUUUGUCAGGCAAAAACCUCCAUCGUGCCAAGAAGAAGCCCCCCAAAGGCAUGCACCUGAGCCAAGGAGACGUGGCCGCCAUGUCCUCUAGUGGCCCUGCAGCCCAGGGGGUCAUACGACAGCUAGACACCGAACUGGUCACCAUCAAGAGACAGAUCCAGUCUGUGAAGCAGGCCAACAGUGCCCUGAAGGAGAAGCUGAGCUCAGGAGUGGAGGAAUUUAGACUGCCUGAGGUAAACCAGAAGUUUAACACCCGCUGGACUACAGAUGAGCAGCUCCUAGCAGUACAAGCCAUAAGGAAGUACGGUCAGGAUUUCCAAGCUAUCUCGGAUGUGAUUGGUAACAAAUCAGUGGCCCAGGUGAAGAAUUUCUUUGCAAAUUACCGACGUCGGUUCAACCUGGAUGAAGUUCUGCAGGAGUGGGAGGCUGAACAUGGGAUGGAAGGGGGGGCAGGAGAAGGAGAAGAAGACAAGAUGGAGGUUUCUCCUUCACCAGAAGAUGGAGGAGUCACAACCCCAAAUUCCCCUGAAGAGCAGAAGGAGGAGUCCACCUCUCCUGCUGAGUCCCAGAAGCCUCUAGCCUCUUGAGAUGGAGUCACGCGAUGACCUUAAACCUUUUAGAUUUCAUCACAGAAGAUUUCCCCUGGGAUCCUUUUCCCCAAACCCCACCCACACCACCUUAAAAUACCACAAAAUGGCACAGACAGUCACGCAGGGGCUGUGUGGAUUUCCUUUUAAAGACGUGUGACAACACUUUGAGGCCGUUAGGUGUUUUCUCCUACUGGCACCAUCAGCUCUGAAACGGGGGUUCCCUCAGUCUUCAACCCUUUAUGUUGAUAUCACAACAGCCAUGUGAAAGGUCUGGACCAAUAGGACUCACUUCUGAAGACUGUCGUCAAUGGAUGCACUUCAUUUCAGAGCUCAACAAAACCAUGUUGAUGUUCACAGAAGGCUGAAUCAGUUCAUCUGAACACGUUUAUUGACAGAUACGUUUCAUCAUCAUCUAAGUGACCUCCUCACCUGACUGCAGGUG